AUGGCGGCGGCGGGAGGAGAAAUUGCCGGCGCUUCGUCGGGAACGAGGACGAAGCGGCUUAAGAUUGCCGUCAUCCACCCGGAUCUCGGAAUCGGUGGUGCUGAGAGAUUGAUUGUCGAUGCGGCUUGCCAGCUUGCUGCCCACGGCCAUGAUGUUUAUGUCUUCACAUCACAUCAUGAUAAAAACCGUUGCUUUGAGGAGACUGUUUCUGGUCUGUUUCCAGUUACUGUAUAUGGAGAUUUCCUGCCCCCAUGGCCCUUCUUUGAUGUCAUAUUGGUAGACCAGGUUUCUGUUGUGAUUCCACUACUUAAACUAAGGGCAUCAUCAAAGAUAAUAUUUUAUUGUCACUUCCCUGAUCUAUUACUUGCGCAACAUACUACUAUGCUCCGGAGGUUAUAUCGUAAGCCAAUUGACAUGAUUGAGGAAACGACUACUGGUAUGGCUGAUUUGAUUCUAGUUAAUAGCAAGUUCACUGCAGCAACUUUUGCAAGGACCUUUUCUGGUUUACAUGCUAGAGGAAUCAAGCCUGGUGUUCUAUAUCCAGCUGUCUCUGUUGAGCAGUUUCACGAACCCCAUGCUUAUAAAUUGAAUUUCAUAUCAAUCAACCGGUUUGAGAGGAAAAAGAAUCUUGAUCUUGCCAUUUCAGCAUUUGCUUUGCUCCGUUCUCUUGCUUCGACUCUACCUGGUGAUGCUCUGCAAGAAGCAACAUUAACAGUGGCAGGUGGCUAUGAUAAGCGUCUGAAGGAAAAUGUUGAAUACCUUGAGGAACUCAAAAGACUCGCAGUGACUGAAGGGGUGUCUGGACAGGUUAAUUUUGUUACAUCUUGCUCAACAUCUGAAAGAAACGAGCUUCUCUCCAACUGCCUCUGUGUUUUAUACACUCCCAAGGAUGAACAUUUCGGUAUUGUACCUCUUGAAGCCAUGGCAGCCCAUAAGCCUGUAAUUGCCUGCAAUAGUGGUGGCCCAGUGGAAACAGUUGUGAAUGAAGUAACAGGGUUUCUGUGUGAUCCCUCUCCCGCAGAAUUCUCCAAAGCCAUGCUGAAACUUGUGAAUGAUCAUGAUCUUGCUGUCAGAUUGGGUGAACAAGCACGAGACCAUGUGGUGCAAAAAUUCUCGACCAAGACAUUUGGUGAUCUCCUCAACAGCUAUGUCCUGAAUGUCUACCAUGAGAGGAUUGAAUGA